UACUUACAUUUUACUCUAUUUGGACCCCUACUUUUUCAUCCAAACAACAAUUUAUCCCUCCACUUACACUCUCCACCAAGUUGCACCCCCAACUUGCACCCCUCGAACUUGCACUCCCCUUGGUGCCAAACAUAGUGUAAGUAAAUCAUACGGCCACAAGGCCGUUCGCGCCAAAACACCACGAAAAGCCCCAUAAUGCCCCCUUGCAAACCCUAUAACCAAAGUACCACCAAACCGAGAUCUUUCCUUCCCCACCCAGGGCAUUACCGUCCAUUCACCCUCCCACUGUAAAAAAAACCCCAAAUGAUCAACCCACUCCUCUCCCCUUUAUAUAAACACCACCCUCCUCAACCCUUUUACCUCCACAACCCUUCAGCUUCCACCAACCCAAACCCCAAAAAAAUGGCUUCCCAACCCUCCUUCCUAUACGCCGCCGUCCCCCUCCUCCUCCUCCUCCUCUCCCCUCCCACCCAAUCCACCCCACCGCCGGCCCUCACGCUCACCAUGGUCAACAACUGCCCCUUCACCGUCUACCCAGCCAUCCAGCCCUCUGCCGGCUUCCCCAUCCUCGAAAAGGGCGGCUUCCCCCUAACCACCCUCACCCACCGCUCCUUCCCCGCCCCGGCCCAACACUGGGCGGGCCGGAUCUGGGCCCGCACCCACUGCACCCACUCCGGCAACACCUUCCACUGCGCCACCGGCGACUGCGGCGGCCGCCUCGAGUGCGACGGCCUCGGCGGCGCCACCCCAGCCACCUUAGUCCAGCUCACCCUCCACCACGGCGGCGACCUCUCCUCCUACGGCGUCUCCCUUGUCGACGGCUUCAACGUCCCCCUCACCGUCACCCCGCACGAGGGGCGGGGCCACUGCCCCGUCGUCGGCUGCAAGGCCGACCUCCUGCAGAGCUGCCCGGACAAGCUCAAGGUUAGAUCUCACGGCGGCGGCUUGGUGGUGGGGUGCAGGAGCGGGUGCGAGGCGUUUGGGACGGACGAGCUGUGCUGCAGGAACCACUACAACAGCCCCGCCACGUGUCGCGCCUCCAGCUUCUCCGAGUUCUUCAAGCACGCCUGCCCGGCCACGUUUACUUACGCGCACGACACGCCCUCGCUCAUGCACGACUGCUCUUCUCCACGCGAGCUUAAAGUCAUCUUCUGCCACUGAAGAACAACCAACCAAAAAAAAAAAAAUGUAACUCGGUAGUCUAGAUUUGUAAUGUUCUGUUUUUCUGCUCUGUUUUUUAUUUUCCCCUGAAGAUUCGGGUAGGUAGCUAGCUGGCAUCCCUUUGUUCUGAAGGAAAGUUGUAAUUCUCUACUUGGGAUGCAAUGUCUGUGGCGUUUGAGGUUCUGGUUAGUGAUUAAGGAGUGGAGAUGUUUGUGAUGAUUAAUGAGGAUUAGAAGGAAAGGAAGGAUGGGGUUUGCUUGCUCUGUCGUUUUGUCUUUUUUGUUUCGUGCACUAGUUAUUUCCUGAUUAAUAAACUAAUUAAGUUAGGGACAUGAAAAGACAUGUUUGGGGUUUAGCGGGGUUUUUCAGGUUUACCUAGAAAGACGGUCGAAAGGAAAAGGUAAAGUUGCGUGGAAAGCAGAGAGAACCAUUAUCCUGCUCCUUCAGAGUACGCUACUGACUACACACGAGGUAAAAGAAGGUUAUGCUGCCUUUUUUUUUUUAAUCAAGUUGUUGUUUUGAGUGCUAAAGCUGAACGAUGGAUAAAAAUUUAGGCUAAUGUCUAUUUUUUAUCCAAAUCUUUUUCAGAUUCUUUUAUAAUAUUUAAAUCUAUCGAAAUAUUAAGAAUUAGUCAAAUGUUCUUCUAGUUAGCAAUUUUGUUAGUGAUAUUGACUUAGCAAUAUGAUACUGACUUGGAAGAGACUCAUGAAGGUUAACAUUCCAAAAUUUUAGUAUUUUAACUAAGAAAAGAGUUACAAAAUUAUUAACGAUAACAUAAAAAUGGCUAAUAUUUUGAUGCAUUAUGAAAGAUUUGGAUAACUAAUAGAAUUUUAAUAGGUUUGGAUAAUAUAAAAGAAUCUGAAAAAGAUUUGGAUAAAAAAUAGACAUUACCCAAAAAUUUAUGUAUUAUGAAUUUUCUUUUUUUAAUUGACUAGUCAUGUUUCAAAUUUUGUAAACCCCACACAUUUUUAUAACUCGUCUAACAUAUAUAUUCUUAAAAGAAAGUAUUUUAGUAUGCACGUAAUCUUAAUACUUGUAUUAUUGAAAUACACUAUUUUGUAAUUCAAAGGCUCCAAAUUAGGCUUAAACACAAUGUUUCACUACCCUUGUAAUCUUUAGAAAUGCCCAACUUCCCACCUCAAAAUCGAAGAAAUCAAUAACAGAUAUACUAAUUUGAAAGGGAAAAUGAUUCGCUAGGAAGGAGUCCAACCUUUCAGAACGAAAAAGCACAUUUGCUAUUUUCCGCGUGCGUGACAGCGUGGCCAGGCCUGUCGGUUCGGAUCGGGUAACCGAACCCAAAACCCGCAAAAAUCUGAAAAACCGAACCCGGGUCACAACCCUAAACCGAACCCAAAAUGUCCUUUGUGGGUUUCGAGUACUGGAACCCGAAAAUUAGUCUGGCGGGUUCGGUUCGGGUGAACUCGAAACCGAACCAGCUUGAGUUUUUUUUUUUUACUUUUGUGAUUUGAAUUUUAUAUUCUUUUGCUUGUACAAACAUUUUAUUCUUAUUAUUUGUACAUACUUAUUUAACCAUUAUGUUUAAUUUUAUGGGACGUGGACAGUAUAAAGCUAAUAUUUACAUAUUAGUUUAUGGUGGCGUAUUCGGUGCACCCACUUUUUUGGGUGCACUCAGUGCACCCGCCUCAUAAUUAUCAUCCUGAGCAUGUGAUUCAUGUCAAAACGGUAUCAAUUGUUGCUUAUGAAUUAUAAACAAGAAGCACAUGAAUUUGAAAAAAAAAUCAUUCAAAAUUUACUUUAAUUUGAAGGAUUUAGGAUUUAGGGAUUUAGGGUUAGGGUUUAGGUUUACAAUUUGGGAUUUUGGGUUGGGAUUCAAAAUUGAAGGUUAACUGAGUGCACCCAAAAAAGUGAGUGCGCCGAAGUAGUCACUAUUAGUUUAUUAUUAAAAUAUUAGUUAAUUAUUAAAAUAUUUAAUUUUAUGUAUCCUAUAACUAUAGACAUACUAUUAACUAUUAAAGAGUAUUAGUAGUU